AUGGCGUCCGCACCCCAGGAAACCAUGGCGGCCGCUCUGGCUGCCAAGCUCACCCAGUGCUCCACAAGAAUCACGACUGCAAACGCUGACCGCAACAUCGCAACCUGUUUUAGCGCUUGGCUGUCCUUACACCAGUCUCUCCACCACUACUUCGCCCUGAGUGCAAGGGCCGAGCAGUCCGAGGAAGUCAGAGCGUCUCAGGAGAGAUUCGACUGGCACUGGACGGAGCUGCCUGCAUUCCCGCUGCGUCGGCUGUUCCCCCUCGCCGCCGAGACGCUCUCUCGGUUUCCAGAAGGCUCAGAGCUUGCGAUGCUCAUUGCGGAUUUUUGUGUGGACGCGUGUAAGCAGAAUGUGCUCGCCAAGACGGCCGCCAUGGAGAGCGGGGUGAUCCAGGGCCUGUGCGCGCUGGCGGCGCGCGUGGCCGCCGCCGUGCGCAAGUGGGACCUGCCCCGCGAGCCGUUCCUCGAGCGCGCGGCGCUACUCAUCUACCGGGUCUUUGAGGCGCUGCACUACAUCAGCGAGACGCCCACGGUCGGCUUCUACAGCAAAGCCCCUGAGGUGAAGCGGGAGUUCUUCGGCGCUGCUCAGAAGGCUGGGCCAAAGUGGACCUCAAUGCAGGCCGACGAGUCGAACGAGCACUAUCUCUCCAUUCGGAGGAACAUAGCCGAGCCAUGGGAGUUCCAGUUCCCCAGCAACAACCAAGCUUUUCUCAAGUUCAUGGGGAGGGUUUUCAAGAAUCUCGAGCGGCAGUCCUCUCUGCUUGAUCGACAAGACGCGAUGCUCAUCUCUGAGCUGCUUGUCAUCCUCAAGAGGACGCUCGAUCCUGAAGCCGUUCCCUACAAUCACAGGCUUCCGUACUUCACACCUGCUUUGAACACCUCCAUGAGCGUUCCCGGUGAUAACUCCGGUGAUAGGGACUGGGGCCAAGAGGCGCGCCUUUGGAAUGAUUGGCGGGAAGCGACCACCCGAAAGGAGGUGCGGAACGAGGCGCUGAGCAUCCGACUGCAGCAGCAUUCUGGGUUUGUUCGAGCGAGGCGCAACAUCAUAUGGGUUCCCGCAACGAGAGAGCCCGGUGGAGUGGCGUCAACGACUCUGCAGGCACGCUCGUCAUCUGACUUAGACCGCCAGCGUACGGAGAGGGAAUCGAGCCUUCAAGAGAGGGAGCCGGAAGCUGGGCCCUCGACCAAUCGGAACGCCCGCCGUCGGGAGCAGGACGGAUUUCGGACGGCGCAGGUCACGCGGACGGCUCGAAAGGAGACCAUGACAGAGCUACGGAAGAAAGAGGAGAUGCCGGAGAUCUCGAGACAGAGAGAAAAGAAGCUCAGGAGGAGGCUCCGCAUGCAAAAAGAGACAGUCGGACUGGUCGUCAGGAGGCGGGAGAGGGGAAAGCGGAUAUGGGAAACGCAGCUGGGAGUCCAAGACAGGCAGACGAGAUUGAAAACACGGCUGAGAAUAGGAGGACGGAAUCGCAAGGGCCGGCGAGUGCGGGUGGGGGGAAGGAGAAUACGAGAAAGGAAAGAGCUGGCGAGAGAGUGUGCGGUUGGUGCACCAGGAACCAGAAAGAGCGCGCGCCCGGCGCGCCCAAGUUCAAAAAGUGCGCGCGCUGCGAGCGCGUCUUCUACUGCAAUGCAGAGUGCCAGAAGCUCCAUUGGUCGCAGCACAAGCAGGCAUGUGCACGAACCUGAACUCAAAGGUUGUUCUAGAUGAACGCACCUCCUCAAAACUGAGGUUGCUCAGUUGCCGUUUUGGGCACCCCAAGUGCUGGGUGCCCACAGUCCGUGUACAUAACGACUUCCCACUUCGUGUACAUAAGGCGUCUUGCUGAUAGAUCUAGGCUUUUGAGUAGCUUUAGGCUAGCUCCGCGGAAGGUUUCAGAAAAAGUCACUGAGCCGGUCCGCUGUGCUCAGGGCCAAGUUCGACUUUCGGUUACAAGAUGGAUGGGUUUUACAUGGGCGUUGGUAUUUGGAAUUUCCGGGAGUAAGCGCACUUCUGGGUAUGCAGCAAGACUAUGUCCGUAUCAUCCAAAUAGGCUAAUUUGGAUCGCCAGGCAACUAAGGGCAAUGCCUCCGAUGAUGGAGUAGUACAAGUCGAUCAUUCAAUCAGAGAAGUUCGAAAUACCACCAAUCCGGCGAUGGGGAACCGAGUUUCAACUUCCGAUCUCGAACCAGUGGCAUGACAUUAUUCAUCAAAUCCACGAUACUAUAUUACAGAACACUGAAAACAAAGAAGAAAAUAUACAAAAUCUACAUCCGCGCACUCCCUAUUGGUCG